AUGAAUUCUCUUUCUUCUUCUGCUUCUAGUUCGACAAGGAUGAAGAACAACAACAAGCUCUCUGUCAGAAACCAAACCCGUUUCAAGAAAUCGUUCUUGUUGUUAAGAGAGAAGACCAUUCUCAAAAAAGCGUUAGAGCUUUCCAUUCUCUGCGACAACGAUAUUUGUGUGAUACAUUACGACCGUGAAGGAAACCUCGUCAACACUUACCCUGAAGAUCAGUGCCAAGUCAAAGACAUUCUCGAGAGGUAUAACAAUUUGAGCGACACAGAAAAAAUCAAGAAAAACACAAAUCUUUCACAGUUCUAUAACAAGAAACUCGUUGACGAGAAGAGGAGAUCUCUUACGGACGCAGAGGAACGCAAAAGGUUCACAAAGAAAGUUGGUGAGUUCAAGGGUUCCUUGGAACAUAAGUUACAGAUAGUAAAAGAUAGGGUUCGUGACCUUCUUUAUUCCCAGAGCACUUGUCUUGAUGUUAUGUCUGAACAAAAUCACAACGUUCCGGCGUCUUCUUCUGGCUUUGUCUUCCCAAACGAGUUAUCUGAUCCACGGAUGAAUUUUACUCCGCACGAUCUUGAUCAACAACAAUCAUUCACGAGUCUUCUCAUGAGUGGUGAUCAUGUGUCAGCAAAUACCGAUCAAUACCUCCUGAGCCCUGCUUCUUGCGCAACUGAUUCGUCCAAUCACGAGAGCAAAUUCUCAGUCUUUGUGUUUAACCAUGAAACGGCUACGUUUACUCAACUUCCCAACUCUGCUUCUUCAAGCUUCGACCAAGGGUUGAUUGGUACUUACUGAUACAAAUAAUCCAAAGCCACAUCUCUCAUCUGCUUCAUGAUAUGAUCAUAGUCAAAUGUGUAUUCGUUUUUAUUUCCACUUCUUUGUAAAUGUUAUGACAAUACUACGGUUCUUUAUUCCUAUAUACUUUCUUAUGUCUUCAUGUGCAACAGUCUUACUUUUAGAGAUUACAAAUGAAACUAUUUUUUUCACUUUUAGUUAACAAAUGCAGAAAUUAAUCUUUACUUGAUCAUGUGGAGUAGAAACUUUACACACGUCCUUGCAUGCGUCCUUGUAUGGAAGAUUCAAUGCAAGUAGAUUAAAAAACAUAAACAACACAUGAGUUUUUUUGUUACAAUUUACGGUUCCAUGAUAGUAAAAACAAGCAAGUGUUUGUCCUCCAAGCCAAGGAACACUUUUUUAUUGAAGGGAAAAUAAGUUUUUAUCUUUUUGGGGACUUUUCUACUUCUUGUUGGCGAUGAACAAUCCCCAUUUCUGCUCGUCAGACCUUUCAAGCUUUGCUUUCCAUCCUCCUACAAUGUCAUUGUAAUCUUC